AUGUCGAAUCCUGAGAAAGCUCCCCAGUAUUCCGCUGGUGGCCAGCAUGGAGGUGGUCUUCUUCCUACCGCCGACCCUUCCCAGAAUCAACCUCAAGACUCCUCUCUGCCUCCAGCGUACAACCAAGGAUCUGCUGAGCUUCCUGGAGACGAGAAGCCCCGCGUACCCCAAAAUCCAGAUCAAUAUGUCCAGUUCGCCGGAUCCCAGAGCCAGCAGCAACCUCCUCCGUUUUCGUCCACUGCCGGAACCGAGCAAUAUCCCAGUGCUGCAGAGGAGAAGCGCCAGCUAGAGCAGCAGUACUUCCCUCCCCCUCCUCCCGGUCCUCCUCCUGCGCAAGAUCAACACCAAGCUUCCGCUGCUCACCCAAACCCUCUCCAGGGCAAUCCAGUUGCUAUGCCUCAACAGCAUCAGGAGACUCACCAGCCCUCUGACGCUCAGCAGUUUCAGCAAGCCCAGCAAAACUACGCUAUUCCGCAAUACGACCCUGCUCAUCCUACUUUUGCUCCCCCUCCUACGAAUCAGCCAGCUCAGGCUCAGGUGCCUCCUCAACCAAGCCCGACAGCUCCUACGCAUGGUCACGGUUUCGGCCAUGGUCCAGAGACAACCACAGCCCAGGCUUCGACUUCCGCGCAUCCUGAGACACAUAAGAAGCCUGGCUGGAGCGAAAAGUUCAGCCAGCUUGGUAUCAAGGCCGCUGCACCUAUCAACAGCUUGGCGCACAAGUUUGGUAGCCAGAGUUUCCUCCCCGAGACUAUCGACAAGGAGUGUGACAAGGCAGCUUCUAUUCUGAAGUCCUUCUGUAAAAACGGUGUCUACGCCGAUCCUAGCUCUAGCCAGGUUCCUACAUCAACAGACCCAAAGGCACAGGAAACUAAUGACGAGAUCAUCGAUCCCACCAAAGAGAAGCCCAAGAAGAGAGUUCUUGUCAACAUCCCUCCCAAGGUCAUCGCCAAGGCCCAAGGUCUCGCUAUCUUCACGACUCUUCGUGCCGGCUACGCUUUCUCUGGUGCCACUGGUUCAGGUAUCUUGAUCUCUCGUCUCCCCGAUGGAUCAUGGGGUCCUCCUUCAGGUAUCCAAGUCCACUCCGUUGGCGCUGGUUUCAUGAUCGGUCUUGACAUUUACGACUGUGUCUGUGUCAUCAACAGCCGAGAGGCUCUCAACGCCUUCGCCAAGACCCGUGUUGCUCUAGGUAGUGACCUUGCUGUUGUCGCUGGUCCUUAUGGCGCCGGUGGUGCUGUCGAGAUUGGUGCCGCUAUGGAUGGAAAGAAGAAGGACAAGGAGAACAAGGACGAUGAGGCUCCACCCAAGCCUCCCCGCCCUACCGAGGAUAACCAAGGCCUGAAGCCAGAGACCGAUGCCGACAAGAAGAAGAAGCGCCGCAGCUUGAGCACCGGCGCUUUCAAGCCUGUCUUUUCCUACGUCAAGUCCCGCGGUUUCUACGCAGGCAUCCAAGUCGACGGCACCGUCGUCGUCGAGCGCAAGGAUGCCAACGCAGCUUUCUACGGCGAGCGCGUCUCAGUUGAGCAGAUCAUCCGAGGAGAAGUUCCCCGCCAGAGCGGCAUGUGGCCCGCCGGUGCGCGCAAUCUCCUCGAGACUCUGAAGGGUGCUGAGGUCGGAUCUCUCAAGGUAAAUUCCGUGUCUCCGACCGAUCGGGACCCCACUUCCACCGAUCCUGCGGCGCCGGUGGCGUCGGGGGCUAGUGCGGGACAGACACAGCCUCCGGGAUAUGUCGAUGAUGGAGUUCACCGACCUGAAGUUGGAGAUGUGAAGUACCGUUAG